AUGGAUCUGGAGAAGUUCUACCGAGAAGAUCAUGCCUUCUACAAGGUCAUAAUUGGCGAUUUCAAUGCCAAAGUUGGCCCAAGAAGAACGCCGGAGGAACUUCACAUCGGGACCCACGGCCUACAGUGGAAUGACCAGGGGGAGAGGCUCUCCGAGUUCAUUAUGACGACUAAGACCAUCCAUGGGAACUCGCAAUUCCAGAAGCCCUCCUCUCUACGUUGGACGUGGGAGUCAGCCGGUGGAGGGUACCGUAAUGAAAUAGACCACAUCAUUGUCAAUAAAAGGUUCUGCCUGACGAACGUCGGUGUUGUACCAAAGUUCUAUACGGGAUCGGACCAUCGCCUCCUCCGAGGAAGACUUUCCUUCACAAGGAGAGCAGAGAAAGCCGCCAAGAUCAGAGGGAGAAAUCCCAGGACUAUCAUCAACUGGGAUCUCUUCGCUACGUUAGCCGGCUUUUGGGAAGAUUCCGCAAUGGACAACAUCGACGAGGAAUAUGACCGGCUCGUUGAACACCUUCACGACUGUGCGAAGAAGGCUGAGAGCUUUAAAACCACCAAGAGGCGCCUGUCUCUUCAAACUCUUGAGCUUAUAUGCCAGCGUGGAGCAGCGCGAGCCGCAGGGAACCAAGAACUCACGUCCGAGCUCGCAAGGCUUUGCCGAGAGGCGAUAAAGGAAGACCUUAAAGAGAGAAGAGCAGAAGUGCUGGCUGAAGCUGCAGAGGCGGGGAAAAGCAUCUGCUAUGCCCGUCGAGGCUUCGCCAGUCGCAAGACGAGGAUGACUGCUCUCCGGAACCCAAAGGGAACAGCCAUUGCAUCGAGAAGGGGGAUGGAGAAAAUCAUCUACGACUUCUACUCUGAUCUCUUCGACAGCCAUGUCCACUUGCCUCCUCACUAUCUGAGGGAAGAUGGACAAGUCAUUCCAGAGGUUCUCCCGUCCGAAAUACGACAUGCUAUCAUGUCGGUAAGAAAUCGUACGGCACCCGUUCCCGACAGAAUAAGACCAGAACACCUGAAGAGCCUUCCGCCAGUACUCAUCAACACCCUGGCGAGGCUCUUUACACGUUAUCUGUCGGAAUGCAAGGUUCCUAAACAGUGGAAGACCAGCAAGACCGUGUUGUUGUAUAAAAAGGGAGAUCCACAUGACAUCAGCAACUAUCGCCCAAUCUGCCUACUGUCCGUCAUCUACAAGCUCUUUACAAGAGUGAUUCUUAAUAGGAUUGAAAAAGUCCUGGAUGAAGGACAGCCAUGCGAGCAAGCAGGGUUUCGAAAAGGAUUCAGCACGAUUGACCACAUUCACAAUAUUUCGAAACUGUGGAUGCAUCGGUCUUCAGCUGAAUCUACAAAAGACGAUGUUCAUGCGGAGCGGAUGGGAGGAGGCGAGCGGCUUGGGAUAGCGUACAAGAGCAUCGAGGAUGUAGUGAAGAAGACCAGGAACACCCGGCUCCGUGCUCACCUCUUCAACACCACCGUACUUCCUGCUUUGACCUAUGCUUCGGAAACCUGGGCAUUUCGCAAGCAGGAAGAAAACGUGGUGAGCAUCAUUGAACGCGCAAUUGAGAGAGUGAUGCUAGGAGUAUCCCGUUUCACGCAAGUGAGGGACGGGAUUCGAAGUCCUCUCCUACGUCAGCGAUCGAAGAUUAGAGACGCCGCCGCGUUUGCCAAGGAAAGUAAAAUAAGGUGGGCCGGACACGUGAUGCGCUUUAAUGACAACCGUUGGACCAGAGCCGUGAGCGACUGGGUUCCCCGCGAUAUUAAGCGCACUACAGGAAGACCGCCGACCCGAUGGUCAGAUUUCUUCACGAAGUCCUUGAAAGAAAAAUAUGAUGCUCUUCGUGUCCCACGCGAAAGGAGGAACCACUGGGCUACUCUGGCACGCGAUCGGGACAAAUGGAAGAAUUACUGGCGCCCGCUCGACCAGUUCGAAGAUCAACGGGAGUCAAGCAAAGUUGCGACAUCUCUGACCGAGACAAUGUGCAGGAUUGGCGAAAAGAAUUGUACUAAAACGUUUCGAUCACUUUUUGAGAAAGAAAUUCUGAAUAGAUGCAAGAAGGGCGAGAAAGCCAGUGAAUGUGUCAGGAUUAAAAGACACCUUCGACGCUGCACUUAUUGUACUGGAGUGAGGACGUUGGGAGCAGUAGCACUUCGAAAGGUAGAAAAUUUACUCAAAGUUGAGGACGACAUUGAAGAGAGGAAAGCCCUUGUAGAUGGAGCAUCCUGUGUGCGAAGUAUUAAAAAAUUGGAGCGGAUACUCUUAAAACGGUUAGAGGAUACUAAUGGAGAUGUAAGAGAUCGCCAGGAAAAUAUUGUUUGGGCCUUUCGUGCAACACAACAACAGGUACUAUCAGAUUACUUCCUGUUCCCCUUUUGCGUUGAACACUGGGAACUAAUUUACGAAAGGCUGAAAACACGUCUAGAUUACAUAAAUGAAGUGAUUUCUACAUGUUUUGGAACAGUGCAUAGCACUGCGCAGUUAAUGCUGGUAAGCCUGCUUAUUGUAACAAAUACUUGGUUUGACUGA